ACUCCUUCCUCACUUUAUUAUUUUACUUGUACCAAUACUUUCUUUCUUCUCUUCAUAAAAAUGCACUUAAAUAAAAACAAAAGAUCAAAGCAUAUAAAACAAGAGCAGGCGGUGGAGACAGAAAGAAAAAUGGGCGGAGAAGAUAAAGCCAGACGGUGGUGCGUAUGGAGGUUCGCGGUGGCGCACGGCGGCCUGAGGUGGUCCGGCACGGCGGCCACCGCAAAACUUUUCCAGAAUUAAAAACUUUUUACAUGAUUCUACUCGGGAAUAGCAAUCAAUGGAUGGAAUCGUUAUCAGAGGGUAACUCUCAACCUUUUGAGGCAAAGAAGUCAAAGAACGGUGGCGAUUUGGAACUCCGGUGCGGUGGUUGCGAUUUCCGGCGGUGGUCCGGUGAGAAUAGGGGGCGGAUUCCGGCGAGGGAGUUCAGUGUUCUUGAGACUCAACUUGGGCCUGAAAGGUUCUGAAUUUUUGCUUGUUGGUGUGAAUGAAUGUUACUACAGCCACCCGAAAAUCCUUUAUUCCAGUCCAAUCUCUCACUUUUUUUUAUUGUAAUUUUGUGAUAUCAAAUCAAAUUAAACUUGGGCCUGACUUUGUGGAUUUGUUGUUUGAAUUGAGAAUCAAUGAAGUGUGGAUGGUGUGAAUUAUUUUGAAAUGUAUAACUUUGGUUGAAUUUUCUUUGCCGAGUGAAACCGUGUGAGCUUGUGCAUGGAAACCGUGAACUUGACUGGGAGUCCCCACAUGGGCUUGUAAUUCACCUAUUUCAUGAAGGUUAGAACAAAACAUGUAAUAAUACAAGUGAUAAUGAUAGUAA